CUUACUUCCAGGGUUUCCAGACGGGUCGUCGAUCCCCAGCCUACGGCAGCCAAUCUACCUGGCACCCCACCUGCCCACCUCGAUCGAAUCGGUCCCAGCCGAGCUGUCACAAACACAACCCACCGGGGCUCGCACCGGAUCGCGGAGAUGACUGCUGUUUCUCCAUCACCACAACGAGAGUCGGUGAUAAUUAUAGAGCCUCACUUCCCACCCGGGUGUAGCCCCGGUCUUGGGCUCUCGGCUGCGUCUGUUCCGCCCGUUGAGACGGUAAAAAUAGAGGCGGGCAAACAAACAACGGAUCAGACAAACAUCAGACAUUGGCGAUAUGUUUCUGAAGUUUUGCAUCCGCACCACCACUCCCAGCCUUGGCAGCCUGAUGUUUCGUGCGCGCUAAUACAGAUUACACAGCAGGUACCCCGUACCCAGCAGCCUGGUUCUGGGCUGUCACACAACCUGCCCUGAAUCAUGGCGCAUUACUGGCCCAUGUUAGAUGGGCAGCACUGCAAGGUCUCCUCCUGGGGUUGUUUCAUCAACAUUCUAUUAAAAGACCGCCCACCGUCUCGUGCCUGCGUCCUUCCGGCACCCGUCCUCGCCGCCGGACCAGUUGCCCAUGCAACCUCAGGGGGCUCAACCCUCGGGGCACACGAACAGGGUGGCUGGAAGACGACAACCACCACGACGGGCUGGGACGGGGUGAAAUGGGCCUGCAGCCCGCCCGGAACGGCUUAGCCCGUCCGCCAUGCAACGGUGCAAUCCCGUCGUCGGAUUCUGGCAUGUGCUCGUGUGCCGGGCUCUAUUUGCUGCAUCCCGCCAUGCUCCUGGUCCACGGCCGUGUCGGGGGGCCCCUUGAGAACAUCUCGACCCCCCGGGCCAACACCAAUGGCGUCCCAUAAUGCCCCCGCUCCCCUUGAACUCUACUGUCCUUGCCAGCCUGCAUGCCCUGCGCGGAGUACGCUCGGCAACAUCACCACCACCCUGUCCCAGGCAGGCCCGACGGGCGACGCAACCGCCAGUCAGGAGCCAGAAGAGCCUCGGAGCAGGGGCUACACCACGACAGGGUGCAAGCAGCAAGCAACAAACAGCAAUGCAAAUCAUUCUUUCUCCGAUAAGAUGCCCAGCUUGAUGAUCUCGACCUCGUCUGCCAGACUGCCAGACUGUGCCUGCACCGGCGAUGGGGCCCGCCCUGAAACAAAUCAAACAGCACAACCGUGAACCCUCGAGCUCGGCCCAUGACGGAGAUGCUUUUCUUGUCGCAACCUUAAUCGCUGCCCUCGAUCUGUCCAGCUGAUCCGGGGUCCUUCAACGGUUGCCUCUCCAAGUUGUCGUCACUCCUUCACCUCUGUCUGCCCGUGUUGUUUUGCCCCACGGAAGCCUCCCGGUCUGCCAGGUCCUGUCCGCUCUGCCGCAUGCUGUCUGCCCACCCAGACACAUCUCCCCUAUAUCUACCGCCUCGUGCAGUGAAGGACCACACACUCCGAACCUGGCCGCGCGGCUGCUAGCACUCCUGGGAUCGAUAGCAUGCCCUCCGUCACCGACUGCAACUCACCUUAGUUUUGCCUUUGGCGAGGCUCAGAGGCAGCUGGGCUUCAGGACGCCCGGGGACUGAUGCUCCCUCCCAGCCAUGGCCUCCUCCAGUCGAUCUUUUCGAUCGUUGCAAUCCGGGUCCUCAUCGUCAUCAUACGUCUCCUCGUCCCUGGCCGGUCCCUCCCUCGGCCGGACACAUUCACAUCUCACGCACACGCCGACAAGCUCCUCCGCCUCGGGCGCAACCUACGAGCCGUCAUUCCCGGCCACCUCACUACGUCCCUUGGACCUUGGGCCCCCGGGCUACCAGGCUACGAUUACUCUCUUCGAGCGCACACCGCACGAGCGCACAGUGUACCUCGGGCCUUGGGAGGUAAUAGAAGGGGAGACUCGCCGGGUUGUCUGGCAGAGCAGCUACCAAGGCGAGAUCUUGGAACAAUUCCUCCCAUUGGGCCUCCCAACACAGGCGCAACCUGUUACGCUACACGCCCAGCACCGCCCUUACUCUGACCCAGCGGAGAUGGAGCUAUUUGUCACGUUCCGAGAGCCAUACAGGAUAAGGUACACCACGGCCGACGGCACGGUGGUUCACGACGAGGUCGUCGAAGUCAAGUAUGAAUUCACUUCGAUCGAGGGGUCGAUGCGGUUCCAGGGAGACUUGCGAAGACAAGACUUUGUCGACUAUUUCGACGUUGAUGUCGUCUUCUCGGACACGCACGGGAGGACAGACACCCUGACAGGGGCUGUGCGAGGCCUGGCAACAAUACAAAGAAUCAAACUAUGGAGAGACCGACUCUCCUUGCACCACUGCAUAACAUUCUACUCGAACAAGCCGUCCAAUCGGCGCGAGCGGCGGUACCGAGAGUACCAGGUGACCGACUUCCAUGAGGAGCUUCGCAACCGCGACGACAAGCAUAGAGAAUGCCGACUCGGCGCGAUAGGAAGGCGCGGGAGCGCGCCCAACGCCGUCCGCGCGAGGAGCUUCUCCCUCUCGUCGCCGUCCUCAUGGCGAAGCAAGCAGAGGUCGUCAGAACGAGAUGCUUCGCAGAUUUCCGCGACUACUGUGCCGCUGGAUAUCCGUUGGUUGGGGGUUCGCUUCUCACGGGAAAGUGACUACCGCCGCUUCGUUGACCAAUGGACCUUUUGCCACAUCGCAGACGCGGCAUUGCGUGGGAUGCCAUUUGCGCCAAACCGUAUUGAACUCCCUAUGCCUGCCCUGCGGACGGGCCAAACAACGUAUGAGCUUGAGGCUACAGAGUCCUCAAGAAGUCUCCCGAACAUAUCCACUAUGCUGGGGCCGGGGAACAGUGAUGCGGGAUCCUAGCAACAACACUUGGAGGACAAACUCCAGACUACUAUUUGUGGUGAUGAUGCAGCUGGCGUGGCUUCUAAGGGUGUGCUAAACAUGCAGCUUUGGAGAGGGGAGGUUGACAAAAACUGCUACUGGGAAAGGAAAUCUGGAUGUCGCAGUUUGAGCAAGGAGUUUUAUACCCAGGCUUGUCUUAUAGGAUAUGUGGAGUGCGACGGAUUCACGAUCACUCCGUCCACUGGAAAUAAAAAAAAUAGACCUGUUGUGUCGAAAUCAUCGACAGAGACAGAC